AUGAGGAGGGCAAGGAGAGCCCCGAAGCUUCUCCGAGGAGAGACUUGGGAUGCUCUCCUGCUCUACAGCGACCUGGACCAAUCCCAGAUCCUUUCCCGCCUCGCGAAGCGAAAGCGGAAAGGUGAAGAGGAGCCAAUGCUCCAGGAAUGGCCUGAGUUUAUCAGCCACCGCUGGGGCACACUGGAUGACGAGAGUCACAACCGCUUGGAAGACGUGCUGACCAGGCUGGAGGGCCUCUUCCCCCAGUGGUCCCUGCAAGGGGGCUGGCUGGGCCAAAACGUGUGGAUCGUGAAGCCGGGCACCAACUCUAAGGGCAGCGGCAUCGAGUGCAUGCGCAGCCUACCGCAGCUUCUGCAGCAUUGCGAGCGCAUGCCCAACCGUAUUGUCCAGAAGUACAUCGAGCGGCCUUUGCUUCUCUUCAGCGGCAGGAAGUUUGAUAUCCGGCAGUGGGUGCUGGUAAGGUCUGUGCGGCCGUUGAAGGUCUUCCUCUUCAGCGAGUGUUACCUGCGGCUUUGCAAUGGCAUGUACGACUUGGGGGACCUGCAAGAUCGGGAGCGCCACAUCUCCAAUUGGCAGGUGAACAAGCAUGGGAAGAACGUGGUGGAGGGCGCCGUGGUCUCCCUCCAGGACUUCAAAGCAGAGCUCUCCGAGCUCACCGGCUGCGAGGACUACUGGGAGAGCGAGCUUUUGCCGCAGCUGAAGCAUAUCGUGAUCGAGGUGCUGCGCUCGGCGGAGAGCCGCCUGGAGCAGCGGGCGGAGAGCUUCGAGCUGCUGGGCUUCGACGUCAUGGUGGACGAGGCCAUGAAGAUGUGGCUCUUGGAGGUGAAUCUCAGCCCCGGCUGCGAGGGGCGCACGAAUUUUCUGGAGAGGAUGCUGUCAAGAAUGUCACACCGUCUCAUCGAGGUUGCCGUGCUGGGCCAAGAAGAGCCAGAUGGGGACCGCGGGUGGCAUUUCAGAGGGCAGCUUUUGGCCGAGAAUCCCGGGCAAGCUUAG